ACACAAAUAUACUCAUACACACACAAGAAUCUGAGAGCAUGGACAAUCCGCAUGAGGAACAGCAGAAUGCCCUUGUGGCCCGUAUUAUCAACAACGUUGAGAAGUUGAACGAGGCUGUCAUUGAGCUGAACCGGUCUUUGCAGGAUAUCAACAUGCAUACUAUGAAUGUGGAGCUUGUUUCCCAGAUGUGGGCCAACUACCACCGUAACGUCUUGUUCAACCUAGAAGGGACCGGGCGCUUGGAGAAGCCUGUCUAAACGUUUUGCUCGGAUCUAUACAACAUCUCGAUUGAUUGGGACGGGCGUUUGAUGAUUGCUUUCCUUGAUACCCAGUUUGCAUAAUAAUCUGCAACGCUAUAACCUCAGGAACACCGAACACCUGCC